AUGAUUAUAAGUGAUCCAAUCAUCAGACUGCAGAUCCUGAGAGACUACUUUACAUACGCGCUAUAUGUCAAUGUGUGUCGCUCUCUGUUUGAGAAGGACAAGCUGCUCUUCUCUUUCUGCCUCAGUGUCAAUCUGCUCAUGCAUAGAAAGGAGGUGGAUGAGGGGGAGUGGCGCUUCCUCCUCACAGGUGGUGUGGGUCUUGACAACCCCUACUCCAAUCCCUGCACCUGGCUCCCUAAAAAGUCCUGGGACGAGCUUUGCCGCCUGGAUGAGAUGGAGUGCUUCAAAGGUCUGCGUAAAGACAUGGCUCGCCUCAGGGGCGAGUGGAAGACGGUGUACGACAGCUCAAGCCCCCAUCAGACUCCCUUCCCUGAAGAGUGGCAGGAGAAGCUGAGCCAGUUCCAGAGGAUGCUGGUAAUCCGUUGUCUCAGGCCAGACAAGGUUGUUCCCAUGGUGCAGGAAUUUGUUUCCGACAGUUUGGGUCGGCCGUUCAUCGAAGCGCCGCCCUUUAACCUGUCCAAAGCCUUCGUUGAUAGCCACUGCUGCGCCUGCCUCAUCUUCAUCCUCUCUCCUGGCUCAGACCCUAUGGCUGCGUUGCUAAAGUUCGGAGAUGAAAAGGGCUUUUCAGGGAACAAGCUGAGUUCCCUCUCUCUGGGCCAAGGCCAGGGUCCUAUUGCCAUGCGCAUGAUCGAGGCAGCCAUUAAAGAGGGCACCUGGGUGGUUCUUCAGAACUGCCACUUGGCCACUUCAUGGAUGUCAACGCUGGAGAGAGUUUGUGAGGAGCUAAUCCCAGACACCACCCACCCAGACUUCAGGCUCUGGCUGACGAGCUACCCGUCUCCCACCUUCCCCGUGGCCGUGCUCCAGAAUGGGGUGAAGAUGACCAAUGAGGCUCCGAAGGGCCUCCGCGCCAACAUUGCACGCUCCUUUUUAAUGGACCCCAUCUCUGACCCGGAAUUCUUUGGCAGCAGCAGCAAGCCGGUUGUGUUCAAGAAACUACUGUACGGCCUGUGUUUCUUCCACGCCCUGACCCAGGAGAGGAGGAAGUUUGGACCUAUAGGCUGGAACAUUCCGUACGAGUUCAAUGAAACCGACCUCCGGAUCUCUGUACAGCAGCUACACAUGUUCCUUGAACAGUACGAGGAAGUGCCGUUUGAUGCCAUCCGCUACAUGACUGGCGAGUGUAACUACGGAGGCCGUGUGACAGAUGACUGGGACAGAAGGACCCUGCGCACCAUCCUCUCUAUCUUCUACACUUCAAAGGUCGCCACGGACCCUGACUACAAGUUUGAUCCCAGCGGGCUCUACUAUGCACCAGCUGAGGAGGAGUACAACAGCUACAUAGAGUACACCAAGGCGCUGCCGCUCAACCCGUCACCGGAGAUUUUUGGCAUGAACGCCAACGCGGAUAUCACCAAGGAUCAGGUUGAGACUCAGCUACUAUUCAACAGCAUCCUGCUCACUCAGUCCCGCUCUUCAGGCGGGGACGCCAAAUCCUCGGAUGACAUGGUCUUUGAUGUGGCAGCUGACAUCCUGAGCAAGCUGCCUGCAGACUUCGACUUGGAGGCUGUGAUGAGGCGCUUCCCCACCACCUACAAUCAGAGCAUGAACACAGUGCUGGCGCAGGAGAUGGGCCGCUUCAACAACCUGCUCAGCGCCAUCCGAGCCUCAAGCAUCAACAUCCAGAAGGCCAUAAAGGGGCUGGUGGUGAUGUCUUCAGAGCUGGAGGAGGUGGUCAGCAGCAUUUUGACAGGUCGUAUCCCGGGCAUGUGGAUGAAAAAGUCGUACCCCAGCCUCAAACCCCUGGGAAGCUACGUCAAUGACUUCCUGGAGCGGCUUCAUUUUUUACAGGACUGGUAUGAGCACGGCACCCCAGCUGUUUUCUGGGUAUCAGGGUUCUUUUUCACCCAGGCCUUCCUCACAGGCAGCCAGCAGAACUAUGCCAGGAAACACACCGUCCCUAUCGACUUACUCGGCUUUGACUUUGAAGUCCUGGAAGACCACCAAUACAAACGGCCCCCAGAGGAUGGUGUGUACAUCAGAGGUCUGUUUCUGGAUGGUGCCCGCUGGGACAGGAAGGCCCGACUCCUCGCUGAGUCCUACCCCAAAGUGCUGCACGACCCCAUGCCCGUGGUGAGUGAGAAGCACAGAGAUAUAGAUAUAGAGCAGAAAAUGUGUGAAAUCUAUGUUCUGAUCAAGUCUUCACGUCCACAGUCUCAGGGGCAGCACGACCACGGCGAGCCCAAGUCGACCGACGAAAGAGAUUAUCUGAAUGACUUUGAUGGAGUAUGGAAGGGCCUCACGGCGCUGGCCGGCAUCUACUUCCUCUUCAUCGUGGAACACUGCAUCGGCAUGUUUCAGCACUACAAAGACCACAAGGGCACGAAGAAGGCUAAUGAGGAGGGCACCAUCGGCAGGAAGUUGUCAGAUCACAAAUUAAAUCGUCGCUCUGAUGCAGAGUGGCUGCACCUGAAGCCUCUCAGUGAAGACCCUGAAGGCACCGCCGUCUCCUGUGACAACGGUCACAACGACACUCAGCUCUCAGAGCUCCAGACGCCGGACUCGCCCACCAACAAAACCCCGUUGGCACCCAAGGUAUCCAGCGAGGAGCACCCGCCCCCCAACAAGGAGAACGGAGGCAAGGCCAAGAAGCACGGACACUCGCACGGCCACGGGCACUCCCACGGGGGGAACUGCCACUCGGACCAGGAGAUGAAGGACGCCGGGAUCGCCAGCAUCGCCUGGAUGGUCAUCAUGGGCGACGGCAUGCAUAACUUCAGUGACGGUCUGGCUAUAGGCGCAGCAUUCAGUGCAAACUUGACGGGAGGCAUCAGCACAUCAGUGGCUGUUUUCUGCCACGAAUUACCUCAUGAACUCGGUGACUUUGCGGUACUGCUGAAAGCGGGGAUGUCAGUGAAGCAGGCCAUCUUCUACAACCUGCUGUCUGCCCUCAUGGCCUAUGUGGGCAUGAUCAUCGGCACGGCCGUGGGACAGUACACACACAACGUCACCAGCUGGAUCUUUGCCGUCACCGCGGGCAUGUUCCUGUAUGUGGCGCUGGUGGAUAUGCUGCCAGAAAUGCUCCACGGGGACAGCGAGGACCACAAGCGCUGCCAGCUGGGUCACUUUGUCCUGCAGAACCUCGGCAUGCUGACCGGGUUCGGCAUCAUGCUGCUCAUCGCCAUCUUCGAAGACCGCAUCGUUUUCAAUUUUGGCUUUUAGUCUAAGAGCUAGUGGGGAGGGUAGCUGGGAAGUGAGAGCUGGGUGUAUCAAUAUUGUUCUCCAUGGCCUUAACAUGCUUUGUUUGCGAUGUAACGGCCCAGUGUUGCAUGCAGUGUGGGUCUCGUUCACGGCCAGUGCCUCCAUUCCAAACAUGCAGCGGUAGCUUAUGCAUAUCUCAUGACUCUGCCAGUGAUGUUUACACUCUGCUCCUCCAUUACCUCUCCUCUGUCGGCUCCAAUCUGUUUGCUCCCCGAGAGGAGAAAAAAAAAAAAAAAGGCCCAAUGAAAGAAGACCGACCGGAGAAGGCCUCCUUCGCUCCAAACCAGUGACCUCCAUCUAAAAAUGAGCUGUUGGUGGCGCGGGAAAAGCGCGCACCCGCAGAGAGGCAGCUGUCACGGCCCAGCAGCCCAUCGCCGAUGCACCGUCACCUGUUGUUAGUGCUUUGUUGUCUCUCAUCCACCCUGUGCUGUGUCCCAUCAUCCAUGCCUCCUACAUCUGCGGUGCGUGUUCCACCCGCCAUCCAUCAUCAGCUUGUGAUGUCAUCACGCUGUGUGUCAUACAUCUCUCAAGCCCUGGCCACUGGAGCAGCGACAGUGACGGAGGUUAGCUUGCGUCUACACCUGGAAGAAAACUUUUUAGAGCUGCAAUAAUUAGACGACUAGGUGUUUAAAACUAAGUCAUGCCUUUUUGAUAUUCGGUUGAUCGUUUCAAGUCAUUUUUAAUGGACAAAUGUCAGAAAAUGCCGUUUGCCUCUUUAAUAUAGAGGUUUCUCAGUUUCAUAUACUUAAGUCACAAUCUUUCUGUUUUGGAUUGAUAAAACAAGACGUUAACUCUGACUUUUAGACGCUGGGAUAGAUAUUUUUUAUAGUUUUCUGACAUUUUAUUGACCAAGCGAUUAAUCGAUUAGCCUAGAAAAUAAGAUUGAAAAUAAUCAUUUUUUGCAGCCCUUAACCCUUUGGCUUAUGUUGCUUUAUAGUCAAAAUGUGUUGAGGCCUAAAAGCUACAGUGUCAAAAACGAAACGCGUUCCCCCGACUUUACGUGGCAGAUCUUCCGAAUGGCUCAGUGUUAGUUUUCCUAACUUUUUUUCCCAUUUAUGUUUUAUUGUCAAUUAGAUUUUUUUGGGAUCAUUAAAAUGUUUGUAGUUCAUAGUGUUUGCUAACACAGCUGCCAAUGCCUUUACAAACUAGCAUUUAAGACUUUUGGUUAGAAAGUAGAAUGUCUGACUUUUUGAAGGGUUUGACAAUCUAUAGUCAGAGAUGUAUCCUCGUUACAUUUUUUAUCUUUCUUUAUAAGAAUUGGCAGUUUCAAAAUGUAAAUUCUAAUAAAAGCUAGCUCUUCCUCUCUUCACCUAAAGGUGUUGUAGUUAGCUAGAUUUAUUUAGGUUGCCUCUAUGAGUUCCUAAAGGGUGCUUCGUUCAAUCGGACCACCCGGCAGUGGACCUUUAUUUACAGUAGGUAGGUUGAAAUGUCACACCAAUGCAGAUGGUUUUUAUGUACUGUAAACACAUGAAGUCUUUAUAACAUCAGUAGUAAGAAAGCACAUUUUUGUUGCUGCUAAAUAAUAGUUUUGAAGGUACAAGGAAUCAAUUCCUGACAAUCUACAACAGACCAAUCAAAAGAGGAACAAUUUACCUUGUGUCAGCUUCCCAAACCAUUGAUACAGAUAACAUGUUUUUGUUAUCAGCAUUCCUCGCGUUUGUACCCCAGUGUGUAUGUUAUAGUCACUCAGAUGACUGUGCCAAACCUGACCCGAGUGUGGUUUUUCAGUGGCUGGUGCUUGACACCCCUCCCCCUACAUUCCAUUGGCUGUCCCACAGCUAACAUGCUAAGCUAGCUCGCCUAGCUUCAGUUGCUGGAUCACACAGAUUCUGUGUGUGUUUUCAUUUAUCCUGUCACUGUGUGACAUCCAUCAUCGUAUGUGUCAACUGGCUGUAAAUCAUUGUUGGUCACAUCGAACCCGUGUUAUCGAUCCGACUGAACCAUGCAUGAAGCAUGAGAGAAACGGUACAGACAUUGUGUUGAGUGUAAAUUUGUUUUCAUUAUUUUCUACUGCAAAGUUAAACUAUUGACAACCUUUGUUACUUUUUAAAUGAACUGUGUCUGAUGUUCAUUUGGAACUCUUUGGGGCGUAGUGUUAUAGGCCUGAGAUAAUCUAAUUUAUCUACACUUCUGUUUACAGUAAUUUUAAUAUUUCCAACUACUCUUACACCAUGUUCUGCAUUAAAAUAAGAUUAUUUGAAUUUUUUCAGUUUCCUACGAUAAACAUUUUUGUAUUUUUUUAAAGACUAAGUGUACUUUUUAUUUCCAUUAUUUCUCUACGAGGUCUUCAAUUUCUUGUGUAAUUAAAUGGUACUGACAAGGGUCCAUGACACUUAACACACUAUGCCCCAAAGAAGUUUCUCCUGUACUCAUCGAACAAAGAAUUGUCUGUAAAAAUGAAGGUCCAUGAUUUGUUCUCACUUUUGCUUUGUUGUAUGUAGGCUAUGUCUGUUCAGUAAGCUGGAUAUAAAAUGCAAAGUGUGACAUCCUUACUGUUCGCCUUGUCUGUGCAUUCUCCACUGUACGAAAGAAAAAUAAACCUUGAAAAGGUC